GGCUUAGUUUGCACUCAGCUCGAAUGGGGGAUAGCCGCGUGGCUGUGGCCUGGCACGGACACUGGGGUUCUACGUUUCACUUUCGGGGUGCUACAUGGAUUCUGGACGGUGCCCAACAGCCCCCUGCGCCUCUGUGACAAGCUGAGCGCCAGGCCCCUCAACGUUUUGUGCACUUUAUCCCUAGGUGUCUGCAAUCCAGGGGGUCUAGAUCGCCUUCUCGGAGGAAGUAGAGGACCCGGUAAUAGCCUUUCCUGCUGAGGAAAAGAGAAAAAGAGGAUGGACUACAGCCCCCAAACUUCGCUAGUCCCAUGUGGACAAGACAAAUAUAUUUCCAAGAAUGAACUUCUCCUGCAUCUGAAGACCUACAACUUGUACUACGAAGGCCAGAACCUGCAGCUCCGACACCGAGAGGAAGAAGAUGAGUUCAUUGUGGAGGGGCUGCUGAACAUCUCCUGGGGGCUGCGCCGUCCCAUCCGUCUACAGAUGCAGGAUGACAACGAACGCAUCCGCCCCCCUCCAUCCUCUUCCUCCUGGCACUCUGGCUGCAACCUUGGGGCUCAGGGCACCAUUCUGAAGCCCCUCACCAUGCCCAACAUUCAGAUCUCCGAGGUGGAUGCACCUGAGAGCGACCAGACACCAAGCCCCACAGACUCCAGGGGCCUGAAGCCUGUGCAGGAAGACACGCCGCAGCUGAUGCGCACGCGCAGUGAUGUUGGAGUGCGUCGCCGUGGCAACGUGAGGACGCCCAGUGACCAGAGACGAAUUAGACGCCACCGCUUCUCCAUCAAUGGCCACUUCUAUAACCACAAGACUUCAGUGUUCACGCCAGCCUAUGGCUCCGUCACCAACGUCCGCAUCAACAGCACCAUGACUACCCCGCAGGUCCUGAAGCUGCUGCUCAAUAAGUUUAAGAUUGAGAAUUCUGCAGAGGAGUUUGCUUUGUAUGUGGUCCACACCAGCGGUGAGAAACAGAAGCUGAAGACCACGGACUACCCCCUAAUCGCCCGCAUCCUCCAGGGUCCCUGUGAGCAGGUCUCUAAAGUGUUCCUGAUGGAGAAGGACCAGGUGGAGGAAGUCACUUACGACGUGGCCCAGUACAUAAAGUUUGAGAUGCCUGUCCUUAAAAGCUUCAUUCAGAAACUUCAAGAGGAGGAAGAUCGGGAGGUGAAGAAGCUGAUGCGCAAGUACACUGUGCUCCGGUUGAUGAUUCGACAAAGGCUGGAGGAGAUAGCCGAGACCCCAGCAGCAAUCUGAGCCACAGGAAUGAGGAGAUCCAGACACCCCAGGGGCUGUCACCGACCAGAGAAGACACGCAGGAAGCUAGCCACUUUCUUUCCCUGGAAACAUUGAAGCACAACGCUCUCUGGCUCCAUCAUUUGCUACAUGGAACAGGAUGGGGAAGCCAGCAGACAACUCCGCACCCCUAAAUCCCUGGUUCCCUCUUUUUCACUUGCAAGGACUUUUAUUUCUGUCUGGAGGACCGAAAGUAUGUAUGUGCGUGUGUGCAUGUGUGUGCACGCACGCAAUGCAAGUCUAUGUGCCUCACUGUGUUUUACACAUGCAAUUAAUUCCAAGCAACCAGCACUGGUGCCAUAAGGCUGGCAGAGGCGCUGUCCUGGGCAGAAGAGACAGAUGAGGGGUUUUGGAUGAAAGAAAUCUUUUUCCCUUGAGUGCCUGGGUAGUCGCACAAAUUGGUCUAUGUGUGGAAGAAAAGAAGUUCCCACCAGCUCACCCUUUGAGUACUUGUAUGUUCAAAGAAAUUCUCCUGUUGGGCACUGUGGCUCAAGCCUGUAACCCUAUCUAUUCAGGAGACUAAGAUCUGAGUAUCCCUGUUCAAAGCCAGC